AGUGACCUUGUCGUAGUCUGGCAGCGUGGUCUUCAAAAAGCUUGACGCAAUGCCUCGGAGAGGAUCUAGUCCUUCAAGAGUUUCGUCUCGUCCACAUGCAAAUUUGCCGGCUCGUGCACCUCCAUCUGCUGUUGCACAGCCUCCAGCACAACCGCGACAGCCAGGUUUAAUGGGACAGAUGGCAGCUACAGCCGGGGGUGUAGCUAUUGGUUCAGUUGUUGGUCACGCUGUUACGGGAGCAUUGUCAGGUGGAUUGGGUGGCAAUCCUGCACAGCCUGCCCAGAUAUCCUCAACUUCAGAUCAAUCACAAUCUCCAUGUCAAUACCAUAUCGACGAACUUAUUCGAUGCGCUCAGUCUCAAAGUGAUAUAAGUGCUUGCAGUGGCUUCUCUGAAGCUCUAAAAGAAUGCAGUCGCCAGUACGGUUUAUACCAUUAGUUUAAUUCACGAGUGCUUAAAAACUCGAUUUGGUAGUUUCAUUUUAACUAGUCCCAUUCUGGUUGGAACCAUUUUCAGUGUGUUUUCAAAAUAGAUUGUCAUGUCGCUA